AUGGUAGAUGAAACUGACAUCGUGCCAUUUGGCUUUUUGCCUUUUGACUACCAUGUUAUGGCAACAUGGGAUCCCAAUUCUCCUUUUUCAAAGAAACAACAGCAUCGUGUUCUUGUUGAGUCUUGGCUCCGGCUUGGCAAACACGGCCGCAAUAAAUACCCAGCAGGGGACGACCCCCCAGAUGAAUUCCCUCUACAUGUACCUCAAGACCUCAUGACUGAAGAGGAGCGAGCCUUAGAUGGUCAAAUAUCGAGAGUUUUCUGGAUCCGGACGUGGUACGGACAGAAAGAUGACAAGGCAAGCCAAGAUGCUGCCGAUGUUGCAUACAGCCGGCUCCGCAUUAUGGUGAUGCAGGAUGGCGAUCCGAAUGUAACGAACUCAUGUCUAGAAGAAGAGUGUAUCUUUGAGAGCAAGGAAGAAUUCGGUCCUGAUAUUAUUACCACGCCUGAAGGAGAUACGAAUCCUGAUUUCGAGGACGGAAUCGCCCGUGGAACGCCAGGCUCUGUACCAUCGUAUCUAAUCACGGCACUUAUGCACUAUCCGGAUACAUUUGAAGGCUUAUCACGUCGUGAGUGGCACUGGCCUCAUAUAUCAGACGAAACACUACCCGAUCUGGAAAAAUGGCAGGAUCUGAUGAUUGUGGUCGCGGAUCGCAAGGCAUGUGAGGAGGGCUGGGUAUUAUUCCUAGCCGUGAAUCACCAUGGGAAGAUUUUACCAUUCAGAGCGCGUGAGAGGGCAUCCUGGACGGAGCAGAUGAUUGCGAACUACCUAGAUGGGCAGAAGUUGGACGAGAACACUUCGGACUCUGAUAAGGAGAUGGAAUUUUAUCUGCGUGGGGGUAGUGGUUGGGAUCCAGAUAGUGUCCCUUGA